CGUCACUUCCGUAAACUGGGAUUUCUUCUUUCUCCCCCCACCACUGAAUAAAACAUUUGAUAUUUGCAAAAAUCUCUAUCUAUAUAUUUGAAUAAACGUUUAUUUUACAUUGCUGUUGCACAUUCAAGAUAAAGGUCUGCGCCGCGCUCUCCGUGCCGUGGAUGGGAGGAGGGAGUUGUUUGGGGAUGGUGGGGCCGGCGUAUCGCGUCUCUCGGCUCGGGUUUUCGGUAUCUUGCUAGCACACAGUCGCCUGCCCGCAUCCAAGAUGGAUUGUUUACAAGAAGAAUGAAAAACAGCCAUUAUCAUCGUGACAGCUCCUUCUGUUGUUUUGUUAUUAUUGCCUUGUCAAACUAGCAGACGUCCCCCCCGAAGAGAGUGAGUAGCUAUGGCUGAAGACAUUUGUCCUCACCUGGACUCCAUAGGAGAGGUCACCAAGGAGGACCUCCUCCAGAAAUCCAAGGGAACUUGCCAGUCUUGUGGAGCAGGGGGCCCAAACCUGUGGGCCUGUCUGCAGAAUGACUGCCCAUAUGUUGGCUGUGGAGAGUCCUUCUCUGAUCACAGCACCCUGCACGCACAGGCUAAGACGCACAACCUGACUGUGAACCUGACGACGUUCAGGAUCUGGUGUUAUGUGUGUGAGCGAGAGGUGUUUUUGGAGCACAGGCCAGCCCUGGUGCCUGUACCUGUUGUACCCCAACACUGUAAAGCCACAGAGCAGGAAGCAGCGCCUCAGCCAGUAGGUCAACCUCUAAAAGCCGUACCAAUUGCUGUGGCAGAAGAAGAAAGUUCAGAGUCGGAGGAGGAUGAGCUUAAACCCAGAGGCUUGACAGGAAUGAAGAACAUUGGCAACUCCUGCUACAUGAACGCAGCUCUGCAAGCCUUAUCCAACUGUCCCCCUCUCACUCAGUUCUUCCUGGACUGCAGUGGAUUGGUUCGGACCGAUAAGAAACCUGCUCUCUGUAAGAGCUACCAGAAACUCAUCUCAGAGCUCUGGCAUAAAAAACGGCCCAGCUAUGUCGUCCCUACCAGUCUGUCUCAUGGCAUCAAACUAGUAAAUCCCAUGUUUCGUGGUUACGCUCAGCAGGUAGGGGCAAGCACCCAGCAGGACACUCAGGAGUUCCUGCGCUGUCUGAUGGACCAGUUGCACGAGGAGCUGAAGGAGCCUCUGACAGAGUGCAGCAUGAGCGGGGAGGGGAGUGAUGGUGAGGAGAUAAGAGAUGGAGACCGCUCCCCGUCUGAGGAUGAAUUCCUAUCCUGCGACUCUGGCUCCAGCAGUGACCGGGGGGAGGGAGGGGGAGCGGGUGACAGCGAGCUGCUGCUGCAGGAUGAGUGUGACGGGGUCAGGUCACCGGCAGCGGGGAUGGUGGCUGUCAGUACCGGCGGGGUGAUCUCGGAGAAGGAGAGGCUGAAAGAAAGGAGGGUGUCUGGCUCUCCCCUCCGUGGAGGCUCGCAAGAGAUGGAUGAGGAUGCUGAUGUGGAUACCGCAGCUGUGGAAGGGGCUCCUGACAGGGGGGAGGAAGAGGAGUUGACGCCAACUCCAAACACUGAGGUCCAAAGCCAGGAGAACAACCAGUUAUCUGACACUGGGCAAGGGCAAGCCCAGAGCAACAACACCUCAGAGCCGGACAAUGAAGCAUCAAUGAGCCAGCCCCAGUCCCAGUCCACUCCCUGUAGUCCCGUGCGAACCCUUCAGGAUCUGCAUCCUAAACUGUCCUCCAGUCCACCUCGCUCCAGCCCCCUCCGCUCUGCAGGACCCGCGUACUCUUUCAAAAAAGCUCAGCUGCUGCUCAGUUGCAGGAAGAAGAAACAAUCUCACUAUCGCAGCGUGAUCUCUGACAUCUUUGAUGGCUCUAUCCUCAGUCUGGUGCAGUGUUUAACCUGCGACAGGGUCUCUACUACAGUGGAAACAUUUCAAGACCUGUCCCUUCCUAUUCCUGGUAAAGAGGACUUGGCCAAGCUCCACUCCUCCAUACAUCAGAACCUUCCAGUCAAGACCGGUGUGUGUCCCGACAAUUACAGCUCGCAGGGCUGGAUCUCCUACAUCAUGGACUCCAUUCGACGGUUCGUAGUCUCAUGUAUCCCCAGUUGGUUUUGGGGGCCCAUGGUGACCCUAGAGGACUGCCUCGCUGCAUUUUUUGCUGCAGAUGAACUCAAAGGGGACAACAUGUACAGCUGUGAGAGAUGUAAAAAGUUGAGAAAUGGUGUCAAAUAUUGCAAAGUACUUAGACUUCCAGAGAUUCUGUGCAUUCACCUGAAACGCUUCCGGCAUGAGGUCAUGUAUUCGUUCAAGAUUAGCAGCCAUGUGUCCUUCCCAUUGGAGGGCCUGGACAUGCGACCUUUCCUGGCUAAAGAAAGCCCAUCUCAAGUUACCACCUACGAUCUGCUUUCAGUUAUUUGUCACCAUGGCACUGCAGGAAGUGGACACUACAUAGCUUACUGUCAGAAUGUGAUCAAUGGCCAGUGGUAUGAGUUUGAUGACCAGUAUGUCACAGAAGUCCAUGAGACUGUGGUGCAGAACGCAGAGGCCUAUGUGUUGUUUUAUAGGAAAAGUAGUGAGGAGUCGGUGAGAGAGAGGCAGAAGGUGGUGGCUCUGGCCAAUAUGAAGGAGCCAAGCCUGCUGCAGUUUUACAUCUCCAGAGAAUGGCUGAACAAGUUCAACACCUUCGCAGAACCAGGCCCCAUCAGCAACCACACAUUUCUUUGUCAACAUGGAGGGAUCCCUCCGAAUAAAUACCACUACAUAGAUGACCUGGUUGUGAUUGUUCCCCAGAAUGUGUGGGAGUACCUUUACAACAGCUUUGGAGGCGGACCGGCAGUAAACCACCUGUAUAUGUGCGCCAUCUGCCAGGUGGAGAUAGAAGCUCUGGCUAAACGCAGAAAAAUGGAAAUAGACACCUUCAUCAAGCUGAACAAAGAGUUUCAGGCCGAGGAGGCUCCAACAGUGAUCCUGUGCAUCAGCAUGCAGUGGUUCAGAGAGUGGGAGAGCUUUGUGAAGGGAAAAGACAAUGAGCUACCUGGUCCCAUCGACAACAAUAAAAUUGGUGUCAUGAAAGGAGGACACAUACAACUCAAGCAAGGUGCAGACUACGGUCAGAUCUCAGAGGAGACAUGGCAGUACUUGUUGGGUAUUUAUGGCGGGGGCCCUGAGAUUGCAGUGAGACAGACAGUGGCUCCGGCUGACCCUGACAGCCUUCAUGGAGAGAGGAAAAUUGAGGCAGAGACCAGAGCACUUUGAGAUAAAAAGAGGUCUUCUGAUUCCCCUUUCCACUCCUGCCCUCGCAGGAAGCUGAGGAAUUUGCACCUUGGUGAACAAGCCUCGCUGUGAGCACUUUUGUAAAUGUAGCAACGCAUUAUUCUGAAACCUAGAGGGUGAAAUGGUACUUAAAUAUCACAGUUUAUUUAUUGGAUAACUCUGAUCCUCAAUCUUAAGGUGUAAAAAUAAGAUGUCGUGUCACAUCUCUGGAGCUGUUUUUGGUAGCUAUGGUAUUUCAGUGGCUGCUGUAGUGACUAGGCGUCAUCUAGCGCUAAACUGGCUGUGGCAGGCCGACAGCUGCUAGUGUCAUGAACCAGUAAGCUGAGGAGAACAGAACUACUGUGUGAUGUUUGGUUUCUUCAUGGGAAGCAACAACCAAGAGACAUUAAGAUGCUUUAUGUUGUUUACCUGUUUACUAGUUACAUAGCAACAAGUUCAAGUGAGAGAUAUUGCAUAAAUCUUACUCUUGCACCUGCAACCUUAAAUACACAGUCUAAUGGA